AAAUUUGGUCAUGAGCUGCAAAGCAGAAUAAUUAUUUGCAAUAGAGGAAAAAAGCCCGAACUGGAGUGCGUGGGAGUUCUGUUUCAAAGCUCCCCUUCCCGGCUCAGCAGUAUUGCCGAGCGCGAGCGUGCAACAAGCCGCGUGCGCCAAAUCAGGGAGAAAGAAGGAGUGCGCGCGUGCAAAUGGGAAAAAAGCAGACUGGGAUAGCAAGGACACACGGCUGGGCUGUAGAUACCUGCCAUUCACUCUGAUGUGGUGCCCUGUGUAUGAAGUAUGACAAAGCAGCUCUAGUGGAGGAGGUAUCAGAGGCGUACUGUGUAAAUUCCAGGGUUUCACUCCUCUUGGGUUUUGAAGCUUCUAUCAGCUGCAGACGUCGGCGAGAAAUGAGAGUAUUAGGACCCAUGCAUUGUGACUGACAACAGCACCAGCAGUUUCUACAUGCUCCCGCCUUUCAUAUGAGCUGCAGGAAAUUAAACUGCAGCUACUGUUGCAUGGUUUUAGAAGGAAAUAGCAUACUUUUGCACUGCAGAAAUACAGAGCGGGAUAGUUUUGUUGGCAGCUGUUAAACAUCCAAGAAAAGCACACAACAAAAGUUAUUAUGGCUCUUAUUAUGGAACCUGUUAGUAAAUGGACUCCAAAUCAAGUGGUGGAUUGGAUGAAAGGCUUAGAUGAUUGCCUGCAACAAUAUAUUAAGAGCUUUGAGCGGGAGAAAAUCGGUGGGGAUCAGCUUCUACGCAUCACACAUCAGGAACUGGAGGAACUUGGGGUGACCCGCAUUGGUCAUCAAGAGUUAAUUUUGGAAGCUGUGGACCUGCUGUGUGCACUGAAUUAUGGCUUAGAAACAGAGAACCUAAAAACACUUUCACAUAAGCUAAAUGCAUCAGCCAAAAAUCUGCAGAACUUUAUAACUGGAAGACGGAGGAGUGGACAUUACGAUGGCAGGACAUCCAGAAGGCUACCAAAUGACUUUUUGACAUCAGUGGUCGAUCUGAUUGGUGCUGCUAAAAGUUUGCUGGCUUGGCUUGACAGGAACCUAUCUCUGUGGGCUGAGGGAGCUACAUCAGGAAGGGAAAGGGGACAUCUACAACGGUCACCUUUUGCUGCUGUGACAGACUACUCUGUUACAAGAAACAAUGUUAUACAACUCUGCCUGGAACUGACAACCAUUGUACAGCAGGAUUGUACAGUGUAUGAAACUGAGAAUAAGAUCCUCCAAGUGUGCAAAACACUCUCCAGUGUCUGUGAUCACAUCAUCUCCUUGUCUUCAGAUCCCUUAGUUUCUCAGUCUGCACAUUUGGAAGUGGUCCAGCUGGCAAACAUCAAACCCAGUGAAGGUUUGGGCAUGUACAUUAAAUCAACUUAUGAUGGUCUUCAUGUAAUCACUGGAACAACAGAAAAUUCACCGGCAGACCGCUGUAAAAAAAUCCAUGCUGGCGAUGAGGUAAUUCAGGUCAAUCAUCAAACUGUGGUGGGGUGGCAGUUGAAAAAUUUGGUGAAUGCGCUACGAGACGAUCCCAGUGGUGUUAUCUUAACUUUGAAAAAGCGACCUCAGAGCAUGCUUACCUCUGCACCUGCAUUGCUGAAAAAUAUGAGAUGGAAGCCCCUUGCUCUGCAGCCAAUCAUUCCCAAGAGUCCUACAAGCAGCGUGGCAACACCAUCGAGUACAAUCAGCACGCCAUCCAAACGAGAUACAUCUGCACUUCAAGACCUAUAUAUACCCCCUCCCCCCAUGGAGCCUUAUACACCAAGGGAUGAGAAAGGGAAUCUUCCUUCUGAAGAUAUCAGCAGACAUGGAAUAGCUAAGCCAGUCAGCAAAGGUUCUGAAUCUCCAAAUUCAUUCCUGGAUCAAGAAUAUCGAAAGCGUUUCACUGUAGUUGAAGAAGAUGCCGUACUGUACUGUUAUGAAUAUGAUAAAGGAAGAGGAGGAGGACCAGGAAGACGGGAUAGUACACCGACUUAUGGUAAAUUAAGGCCUAUUUCUAUGCCUGUUGAAUAUAGCUGGGUAGGUGAUUAUGAAGAUCCCAAUAAGCUUAAAAGAGACACCAGAAGAGAAAAUUCAUUGCUUCGGUAUAUGAGUGAUGACAGGAUAUCACAGGAGGACUACAUGAUGCAGAAAAAUAACAAAAAGGACACUGGAAAACGAUCUAAAAAGAAAGGGGAAAAGAGCGGGAGUCCGAGUCACUACUCAUUGCUUCCAGGAAUUCAGAUGGAAGUAAUGCGUCAGGAAUCCAUCAAUACAACAAUGCCUGACACUUCAUCAUAUCACACAUUUCAACAGUCUUCUCUGCAAAACAAGAAUAGAAAGAAGAACAGAGGUAUGAAGACGUUUAAGGAUCCGCUUCCUUCAGGUGCUGCAAUAAGUAAAAGACGUAUUUCUUGUAAGGAUCUUGGUCGCGGAGACUGUGAAGGCUGGCUUUGGAAAAAGAAAGAUGCAAAGAGUUAUUUUUCCCAGAAGUGGAAGAAAUACUGGUUUAUUUUAAAGGAUACAUCCCUUUAUUGGUACAUCAAUGAAGAAGAUGAAAAAGCAGAAGGAUUUAUUUGUCUUCCUGAAUUUAAAAUUGACAGAGCCAGUGAAUGUCGGAAGAAAUAUGCUUUCAAAGCUUGCCAUCCUAAGAUCAAGAGCUUCUACUUUGCAGCUGACAAGUUAGAUGAUAUGAACAGGUGGCUAAGCAGACUAAAUAUGGCUACUGCAGGAUAUGCUGAACGAGAGAGAGAAAGGACAAAGCCUGAACAAGAGUACUGGAGUGAAAGUGAACAUGAAGAUGCUGAAACUCCGUCGACGCCCAAACAAGAUAGCCCACCACCUCCAUAUGAUACAUACCCAAGACCUCCUUCUAGGAAUUGUGCAAGCCCUUACCUAGAACCCAAACAUGAAAGACUAUCUUCAACUGAAACUUCCCAAUCUCACUCUUCACAUGAGGAGUUCAGACAGGAGCAAGCAGGAAGUAGCACUGAUUCACCAGUACGCAAAACUGCAAGCCAUCGGCGUUCCUGGCAGGACCUCAUUGAAACUCCAUUAACAAGCUCUGGACUGCACUAUCUUCAGACUUUGCCUCUGGAAGAUUCAGUUUUCAGUGACUCUGGAGUAAUGUCUCCUGAACACAGGAGACAAUCCACAUUGCCAAUUCAGAAGUGCCACCUACAAGAUCACUAUGGGCAGUUACCUUUCACAGAAGGUGAGCGGGUACAAGCAUUCAGUGGAAAUGGAGGGAAACCUCGGAGCUUUACUCUGCCUCGGGAUGGUGGAUUCAGUCACUUCAGUCAGAGUUCUUCAAUAUGUGCCUCAGAUCCGACAGAAAUCCCUCUAAGGAAAGAUGAUCAGGAAGCCAAGCCAGAUGAGCAAUACAUGAAAGGAGAAGAGAAUUCAGCAGAUUCUCUUCAGGAUCUCUACAAGGCCUUGGAGAUGGCCUGCCUAUCACCUCUUGGAGAGCACCGUCUGUCAACCAAGCUGGAAUACAAGAAAUCAUUUGUAAAAAGAUGCAAUGAUCCUAUUAUUAAUGAUAAGUUACAUAGGCUUCGAAUUCUAAAAAGCACAUUAAAGGCAAGAGAAGGAGAAAUAGCCAUCAUAGACAAGGUCCUAGACAAUCCAAACUUGACAUCUAAAGACUUUCAAGAAUGGAAACAAAUAUACCUUGAUCUUUUCCUGGACAUAUGUCAGAGCAAUGCUACACAGGACCCCGAAAAUGGCACUUCUUCUGACCUAGAGGAUCUACUUCCAUCUUUAGUGCAUACUCAGUCAUAUAUUGAAACGCAUGUAUAAUGUUCUUGCACUGAUUCUGUAACAUGCAGAUUACUCAAAACAUGUGCAUAACAUAUUUUAUAUAUGCGAAUAUGUAAGUGACUUCCUAUAUUAAUGUUAAACUAUAUAGAGUCGAUGUAAAUCUUACACAGUUCUGCUGCUUUGUCUGAUUCGUAUUUUGUACAGUAUGUGAUCUAACCUUUAGUUUACAUGUGUGAAAAAAGUAGUCCUUCACUGAGUUUUUCUAAAAAGAUGUACUUUUACUAUUAAAAGAGAUUUGAAGGACUAGUGGUUCUCAUAUGAGCAACAUUUUGCACUAUUAUGUCCAUGUUUCUUUAAUAUUUAGUUAUUAUUAUGUCCAUAUUUGCUGUCAGUAUUAUUCAGUUACUUCAAGAUUUAUUUUUACUGAUACAUGUACAGACAUACCACAUUUUCAGGAAAGUUGCGAAUUAAAGUUUAUUUUCCUACAUAGCUUUGAUAAUUCAUCUCUAAAUAUAAAAUAUAAAAUAUUUGGCCUUAGCAUUUGAAUGUGAUAACAGUAAUCAAGCAAAGAAUUAGUAUAUAAAUACCAAAACUAAGGAUUAGUUUGAGUCUCAAGUACGUGUAAUCACCAGGACUGGUUACUAUCUUUCACAAAAUAUACAUAUCCAUCUAUACUUUUGUAAUUUAAUUUGUCAUUUUCUGUUAAUUUUGUUACCGUUCUACCUCUUGUGCUGUUAAAAAAUGUGACUGUUUGUAUAUCCUGCACUAGAAUACAUUAUAUUUGGUAGAAGAAAAUUUUGGGAAUAUUUUAUUAAGUAAAUAUGUAUAAUAGCUCACAUUAAUUUUUGAAAGUUCAAUCAACUCAAAACAGUAAAUGAAUACAGUUUUUCUUCAUAAAUGUAACCAGUUAAGAUGUGUUAGUGCCUUCUUAAUUGGAAUACAAAACGGAAUAUAUCCUGCUCUAAGUUACUUAGAGGAAGGACAUGCACAUAUCAAGUUGUCAUAAAAAGCUAAAAUAAAUAAACCAGUUCAUGACUCCUUGGGAAAUUGACCAGCCUGAGUGUAAAUUCAGAUUUACAUGUAUGUGAAAUGCAUCCCAUCAAAUAAAGCUACAAUACGCAUACACACUGUUGAGCAUUACCUUUAGUAGAGGAAAUGUGCCCUGGGGUUGUUGUAUUAAAAUACACCUUUUAUGUUGCUGUAGGUGCCAUAUCCUAAAUAUUAUCUUACUUGUAAAUGAGCCUGUUACUUCAGGAAUAAAGUGAUCAAGUGCAUGGCAAAACUUGGUUUGUGCUGCUUUUAUUUGGUAUAUUGUAUUAUUUAGAGUGUUUGUGAGAGUAUUAUGCCGAUACUUUGCCUUUUGUACCUUAUUUUCCUUCAGCCCUUUCAAUUUAUGCUAUUGCCUGUACUAAUCAGUGAAUGUAUUUACAAAUCUAGAAGCUCAGCUCUUUGGCAGUGGUCAUCUUUACUGCAGAAAAUGAUUUACAGAUGUUUUCCUAUGAAUUAUCUCUUUGAGUACAAAUGCUUUGCAGAGUUUGCACAACCAUUUUGAGGAGAGGCCUUUCUGGAGGCAGUUAUGUCACUUAAAAUUAAAUAGCUUGGAUGACAAAUCAUGUUUGUAUGGAUUUUGGGGUCCAGUGUAAUAUUUAUACCACAUGGGAAAGGCUAUUUGUAUAAAUUAGAUAUUUAUGUACUGCAUGGAUACUGACUUGUAUAUUUACUUUUCAGGUUUUGUACAGUUACUGUGGGAGAGGGGUGAGCUUGACUAAAAAAAAAAUGACUUGUGAAAUGGUAACAAGCAUUUUGACUCUAGUUUACUGUUUCCUGGACCAAAAGUAAAUAUAUUAUUAUAAAUGAAUUAUAUCUUAUGGAUGUAUACAACAUGACCCUGUAGAGAUGAUUCAGUGUCAGGACUAUGGCAGUAAAAAAAGAUUUUGCUCUGUUGCUAUGCAACAGCUUUUCUGACUGUACUUUACUUUUAGUAAAGGACAGCAUUAUUGCUCUGAAAGUUGCGAUGUAAACCUUACAGAUUAUAUUUCUAUUUUAGGUUUCAAUACUAAGCAUAGCAUGACUGGCAUAUUUGUCCCAUCAGUUGUAUUGAUUAUGGAGCCUUCUUUCAAAUUAUUACUGCUUCUUAUGUAUGUUUGUACUGUAUCAUUUGAGCUGACAAGCAAAACGUUGAUCUGAGUCCAAUAAAAUAAGCUUUUUAAAACA